AUGUAUGCUAUUGGUCGAGUAAUAAUGUGGCAGGCAUUGAAGAUAAUACCAAAGGGAUCAAGAACAAUACAUUACACAGCCUCAAGAUAUACACAAGAGCUGAUAGAGUUCUCAUCAAGGAAAAGUGGUACCGCUCAGGGCCCUUUUUCUGAACUUCCCGAAUUCAAACCUCUACAAGGUUCGAUGAUGCUGAAAUUACCUUCAUUUUGCACCAUUUACACACGACUUGAUAAGAUUAGCGCCUUGAAUGUUGAGCAGAGUGCCGCUAAACAACCUUUCUUAUCUUUGGAUGCACUGGAAAAUGCGCCGUUCUCGAAAGUCUCAACGGGUGAGCACCCCGUCAAUGCUACUAUGGUUUCAAGCACUCCAAUGUCAAAUAUUACUAUCAUACAAAUUGAUGAUUACAAGCAGGGCUGGUAUCUCACUGAUCCCGAGAACGAUGUUUUAUGUUACAGUGGUGACUUGAAAUUGGAAUUUGGACAUAGUUUAAGGGGACGUGGGAUUGUGGCAAUUGGGGGUAAGGGACCUGUAUACCAAUUGAAUUUGGAGCCAGGUGAAAACAUUACUGUAAAUCCAGACUCUAUUUUAGGAUAUAAUGAUAAAGUGAGCUUACGAAUUUCAGAAUUAAAGUCCAAGACAGUCAUACCUCAGUUCAUAAAGUCUUGGUCAAAGAGCAACUUUGCACUAAAUUUCGGACAUUACUACGACAGAUUUGCCCUUUGGUGGGGAAAGCUGUUUCAUAAAGAUAAAAUCUAUUGUAAAAUACAAGGACCGGGGUCCCUCUUGCUACAGACCGCAUUUGUCCCAGGUUCGAAAGUUUGUUCCGAUGAUGAGCUCCUCAAGGCAUUCAAACAAUAA